AUGCAGGGGGGCCCCUCACCAACUUCGGCGAGCCCCUGGGGGGCCCCCGGGGGGCCCCCCAGGGGGCCCUCGAGGUUUUAUAAUGUAGAGGCCCCUCGCAGGCGUUUGGUUGCCUUCGAAUUCGCAAAGCCGCCGCCGCCUCCGCCGGCAGCGCCUGUCAGUGAAACCGAGGCUAUUGAGAGGUUUUUGUUUAAUUUGCUGUCUACUGAGGCCCCUGACGGUGCUUCCUCCUCUCCUCUGACUGAAGAUGGUUUCUUUCCUGCAGCAGCAGAAGAAGCAGCAGAAGCAGCAGAGGCAGCAGCAGCAGCAGCAGCAGCAGCAGGCGAAGCAGCAGCAGCAACCGAUGCAAGCGGCGGCGCCCCCUGGGCUUCCUCUCCUUGGAUCAGCUAUGGGGGCCCCUCUAAUUCUGUUGGGGGCCACCCCCUUACUCCUCAGGGCCCUUUGCCUCUGCAGCAGCUGCAGCAACAGCAGCAGCAGAUGCGGCAGCAGCAGCAGGAGCAGCAUGCGGACCCUGGUGAUUUGCCCUUAGAGGAGCAGCUGCAGCGGCUGCGCCGUCUAGCAAAGACGAGGGGCCCCCGGGGGGCCCCCAAAGAAGGGGGGGGCCCCCAACCUGUGCAGUCCGACAUCCGCUCGUACCUAAUACCCUGCAGGCAGCAACAGCAGCAGCAGCAAAUGAAGCAGCAGCCGCAGCAGCAGCACGAGGAGUCACAAGAGCAGCAGCAAGGGCAAUCACCACAGGCGCAACAACAUCAACAGCAGCAGCAGUUGCAGCAACAGCAUCAGCAGCAGCAACAACAGCAGCAACAGCAGCAACAGCAGCAGCAGCAGCAGGAGUACGAGGACGAAUCAUUGAUGGGGUGUACGUCAAUCUCCCGGUUAGAUGAAGACGAGUAUAUGAUGACUAAUAUAAGGGAGGCUCAAGGGGGGGCCCCCUUCAUAUCUAGCGAUGUGGGGGCCCCUGUCUGUGCUUCAGAUGGGGCCCCCCCCCCCAGUACCCUCUGCAGCCCUGCUGCUUCUCUUACAAGUUCUUUCUCUUCUCCUGGGGGCCCCUCAUCUCCUGAAUUCAUUGACAGUCCUUCUGAACCACCAUCAGAGGAGGGGCCCCUUUCAGACAUAUCGGGGGGCCCCCCAGGGGGCCCCCCAGCAGAGGGCCCCCACGGAAGGGGUCCCUUAGGGGGCCCCCCUGGGAAGGGCCCCCCUGGGAGGGGCCCCCCAGGGGGCCCCUCCUUCGCCUCUGAUACAACUGAGGGGGCCCCCCAGGGUGCUGAUCCUGAGGGAGAAGGGGGGCCCCCAUUGGGGGGCCCCCCUGUUGACGGUCGAGGGGGGAAGAAGACGGCGAAGAAAGGAGGUAAAGAGACAAGGCAGAAGAAGACAACACCAAAUAAUAAGCAAGGAGAUGAAACAACAAAACGAAGAAAAAGAAACAAACAAACCCUCGUCUUUAAUCCUGUCGCUGCAUGGGACUCAUUGUGCAGCAGCUGGCUCCAAAAACCGGAGGUUCAUUUCCUGGGCACUUUGAAUUCUUUUUCGAGUUUUGUCUCUGCUAAUUUUCGCGAUUUGUCUUUGGGCGCCGAGAGCGGCGAAGCAGCAAAUCCUGCUGCAUCGCCUCUACUGGGGGCCCCCGAGGGUUUAGGGGGGCCCCUUGAGGGUUUAGGGGGGCCCCCAGAGGGUUGCUGUGGGGCCCCUGAUGGUGUUGAUGAGUACAGGGUUUGGGUUUGUUCGACUUUGCUGGAGGACGGAAGCAUUUCUUCGUUAAGCAGCAACAAAUUGCAUCUAAGUCGGUACAACAGCAAUAACUCUUUUAGAAGGAGAUUUCCUUCUCCUGUUGCUGUCCUACUCAGCAGCGGGUGCAGCGCAAACUCAACCCAAACCAGCAGCAGCAGCAGCAGCAGCAGCAGCAGCGGGGGCGGCCCUGAAGAGAGGCCCCUGAAGGAAGCUUUGGGGGCCCUCCAUCACCUCGCAAGGGGCCCCCCUAUAAACUGGCAGCACUUCGUAAUCCCCCUAGCAGAAUUCGCGGUGCAGCAUCUGCUGCAGCUGCAGCAGCAGCAGCAGCAGCAGCAGGAGGGGGUAAAUGCUGCUGCAGUUUGGGAUUUCUUAGAGGAUUUGCUGCUGGAAGGGAGGAGGGGCCCCCAGCCUGGGGGUUGUCUGCUGCUGUGGAGCGCUCAGGAGGCCCUCAGACCCCUUAUUGCACACAAAGCCGAAAUACCUCUUCACCCCGCGUGCUUUCUUGAUGUCUCGCUGAUGACUUGGCUUUGGGCCCCCGACAACCCCGACAUAUCUGCUGCUGCUGCAGCACUGAACGCUGCAGCAGCGAAGCUGAACCUGCCGCAGCCGUUUGGUUCGAUGGCGAGUUCGGAUUUGGGGGUUUCUGAGGGCAGCAGUUUUAUUUGGUUGAAUUCGCUCAAUGCAAAUUGCACAACAGCAAACAUUGGGAGUGUUCUGGCGCCCUACAUCCUCUCUCAGGGCUUAUGCAAGGUUCUAGUGGAGCAGGAGGUACCGGUGGCUCUGCUGUUAUCCCUGAUGGAGGCGACAGGCGUUGCCUGCGACGAAGCCGUCCUCAACCCACACAAAGACAAAUUGCAGGCUGAAUUAGAGGGUCUGUCAGCAGCGUGCUGCGCUGCUGUUGGUUUUUCUUUUUCUCCUUCUUCCCCUCAACAAGUUGCAGAUAUUCUUUAUAACCGUCUUCGCCUUAGGGCCCCUCAGGGGGGCCCCCAGGGGGCCCCCCUGGAGGGUUUAGUAGGGGGUGUUGAGGAAGACAAAAGUCGGAAGCUCAGCACCGAUGAGGCUGCGCUGCAGAGCCUCAAGGACUGCCAUCCUGUGGUGCCUCUGCUCCAACGCCACCGCCAAAUAUUGAAGCUGUACAGCACAUAUAUCUCCCCCUUAACCCCCAUUUUGCCGAGUUCAGAGACGGUUGUUGCUGAGGGCCUCGUUUCCUUUUGCGUGCCCCCGGGGGCCCCUGGGGGGCCCCCCAGGGUUUGUGAAAAGAAGAAAGAAGGAGGGGGUUUAGGGUUUAGAACCCCAUGGAAGUCUGCUCAACCUCCUCAGCAAGCAGAACUCCCUCGGGUGUAUUGUCGCUGGAACCAGACGCGCACAGUGACGGGGCGUUUGUCUUCUUCUAACUGCAACAUGCAGACAAUACCCAAAGAGGUUUCAAUACCACUGAGGUGUACAGACAGCUCAAAUGAAGAUACGCAGCUUCUCCUAAACUGCAGGGAGGCAUUUAAACCCUCUCUGCAAGACAAACAAAUCCUUAUAUCUGCUGACUUCGCACAAAUCGAAAUGAGGGCUCACUACUGCGGCAGUGGGUAUUUGGUGGAUUUCAUCAAAAAUGGGGGUCGCGACAUUUACACGGAAAUCGCCGCCAUCUUUUGGGGGAUUCCAAGCCCAGAGACGCGCACAGUGACGGGGCGUUUGUCUUCUUCUAACUGCAACAUGCAGACAAUACCCAAAGAGGUUUCAAUACCACUGAGGUGUACAGACAGCUCAAAUGAAGAUACGCAGCUUCUCCUAAACUGCAGGGAGGCAUUUAAACCCUCUCUGCAAGACAAACAAAUCCUUAUAUCUGCUGACUUCGCACAAAUCGAAAUGAGGGUGCUGGUCCGUACAGGGGCUCACUACUGCGGCAGUGGGUAUUUGGUGGAUUUCAUCAAAAAUGGGGGUCGCGACAUUUACACGGAAAUCGCCGCCAUCUUUUGGGGGAUUCCAAGCCCAGAGGUCGGCGUCGCACCAUAA